GCGGGCAGCAGUCGGGCUUAGCCAUGCCGGCGGCGCGCGUGGAGUACAUCGUGCCCUGGUGGGUCGUGUGGCUGCACAGCGUCCCCCACCUCGGCCUGCGCCUGCAGCCCGUGAACAGCACCUUCAACCCCCGCGACGAGAGUUACCAGGAGUCGCUGCUGUUCCUGGGGCUGGUGGCUGCUGUGGGCCUGGCGCUGAACCUCAUCUUCCUUGCGGUUUACCUGGUCUGCUUGUGCUGCUGCCGGCGGGACGAUGGAGUGCAGACCAAGCAGCGCAACUCCUGCUGCGUCACCUGGACGGCCAUGCUGGCGGGGCUCGUCUGCUGUGCUGCUGUGGGCGUUGGUUUCUAUGGAAACAGCGAGACCAACGAUGGGGUGUACCAGCUGAUCUACUCCUUGGACAACGCCAACCACACCUUCUCCGGGAUCGAUUCUCUGGUUUCUGGCACCACCCAGAAGAUGCAGCUGGACCUGGAGCAGCACCUGGCCCGGCUCAGUGAGAUCUUCGCAGCCCGCGGUGACUACAUCCAGACCCUGAAGCUCAUGCAGCAGAUGGCCGGCAACAUCAUGGGCCAGCUCUCGGGGCUGCCGGCGUGGAGGGACGUCACCGCCGAGCUGACCAAGGUGGCCGACCAGACCGGCUACGUGGAGUACUACAGGUGGCUCUCCUACCUCCUGCUCUUCGUCCUGGACGUGGUCAUCUGCCUCACCGCCUGCCUGGGGUUGGCCAAGCACUCCAAGUGUCUGCUGGCCUCGAUGCUGUGCUGCGGGGUGCUGACCCUGCUGCUCAGCUGGGCUUCCCUGGCCGUGGACACCGCCGCCGCAGUGGGCACCAGCGACUUCUGCGUGGCUCCCGACGCCUUCAUCCUGAAUGUCACGCAGGGCCGGAUCAGCACAGAGGUGACCCGCUACUACCUGUACUGCAGCCAGAGUGUAAGCAGCCCCUUCCAACAGGUGCUGACCGUCUUCCAGCGCUCCCUGACCACCAUGCAGAUCCAGGCCGCCGGGCUGCUGCAGUUUGCCGUGCCCCUCUUCCCCACGGCGGAGAAAGAUCUGCUGGGGAUCCAGCUCCUGCUGAACUCGUCUGAGGCCAGCCUUCACCAGCUGACGGCCCUGCUGGACUGCCGAGGGCUGCACAAGGACUACCUGGAUGCCCUCACUGGCGUCUGCUAUGAUGGUAUCGAGGGCUUGCUCUACCUUGGCCUCUUCUCCCUCCUGGCCGCCCUGGCCUUCUCCACCAUGAUCUGUGUGGGGCCACGGGCUUGGAAGCACUUUGCCACCAGGGACAGGGACUACGAUGACAUCGAUGAUGACGAUCCCUUUAACCCCCAGGCCCGGCGCAUCGCUGCGCACAACCCCCCGCGGGGGCCGCUUCACAGCUUCUGCAGCUACAGCAGCGGCCUGGGCAGCCAGACCAGCCUGCAGCCCCCGGCCCAGACCAUCUCCAACGCCCCAGUCUCCGAGUACAUGAACCAAGCGGCACUCUUCGGUGGGAACCCCCGCUAUGAGAAUGUACCGCUCAUCGGAAGAGGCUCCCCCCCUCCCACGUACUCCCCCAGCAUGAGGGCCACCUACCUGUCCAUGGCGGAUGAGAACCUGAGGCACUACCCAGCCUAACGAUGCCUGGGGUUCCGGCCUCCUCACAGCUGCGUUUCUUUCAUAGAAACCAAAGGCAGGACUACAGAGGUUGGCGCUGAGAUCCGGGAAGACGCAGCCUGGGGUUGUGGAGGUUCCUGACUAAGGCCCUGGGAUGGUGGAAGACUCGUGACAUGGGCAGCCUCUCCCUCUUCUGCCCACUGCCCCCGGGCUGCCACUCUUCGUCCCCUCUCCAGCAGCCUGGCUUGGCCUGGCCUGACCUCCACCCUCACCAGGUGGGGCAGGCAGAGAGGAGGGGAUCGGGUGGCACCGCCACCCUUGGAGCCAAUCCCUCUUGGGGUCCCACUGCCAGGACCUGGCUCCUAGCAGCUCAGCCAGGCUCAGAAGCCCGGGUGAGCUGUCCGCGUCACCGCUGUCCUCCCUGGCUGCCCUGAUGGGGCGGCAUCUCCCCAUAACCCCUGUCAUCUCCCCUCCUUCCAGGGAUGACGCUCUGAGGUUGCUAGCUGCGGCCAGGGCCGUCUCAGGUAUUAACAGACACUUUGAAAACAACUUUAACUCUUUUUUUUUUUUCUUUCCUGUUUCUAAAUAUUUUGAUUAUCCAAAGAACCGAUGCCCAUAGCACAUCUAGUUUUUCCUGUAGACUCGCACUCAUUCCUCACCUCGGUUGUUACUUGGCAGAUUUUUCUGGCACUGACCAAUUCUUGACAGACCUGUAGAUGGGGCUGGAGUCUGAAACAGAAUAAAGAUCAGGGAGAUGUUCUACCCCAGGCUGCUGUAAGGUGGGAAUCUGGGUUCAUCCCUCUUCCGAGGGAGGCUCUUUUAAGAGGGGGGAGAAGCUGAACUGAACAGAGCCCCCUGUUCUUGGUCGGGGGCAGCUGAAUGACCAG